CGUGGCGGCUCAGUAGUGCCUCAGCCGCCGCGGUCGACGUGGGGACUUGUGUCGGGCCGCUGCCACUCAUCCCGGGCGCUCUCGAAGCGGGACGCCCCCGUGUCACGUGGAACGCCCCUCGCCCUCCGGUGCGACUCAAGCGCUCGACGGCCGUUGCGCCUCGUGCUCGGACUCGAAGCAGCCCCGAUCUCGUCCAAGUGACAGUGAUUAUUGUGAAAACAGCUGCGAGACGAAAGUGUGAGCCUUUGUGCUGAAGUGGCGGUCCCUGAGAGCAAGAGAGGUACGCCGCCGCCCCAUGUGUGUGAUGAGAGAGGGUUUCAUCUAACAGGAAAGUUUCGGUAAUUUCGCAGAUAUAUGAAUAAAAUAGAUAUCUUGAUAAUGAACAUUUGGAGGAAUUAUUUUCGGUAAAUCUGGAUACCAAACAGAGAAAGGUAAUCUGACAUGUCAAAGGGGAUUCGCUCUGCGUCACGAUGGAAAAUAAACCGGCCAGCCGAGUUCUGAAAUGAAAAAAGAGCCUCAGAAAAUGACAAUGGCUGCGCGGUCAACAGACAGGUUAACUGUUUGAAGCGGAACCCCGCCCACCUUGUCAUGCUUGCGAGCACGACGCGAGCAUAGGAGAGCCUCGUGAGACGCGUCAGCAUGUCCAUGUCGCGCUCCAAGUCGCUGCCCGGCGCCAAUGGCGACGGUUGGGACGGCGACGACUCCGGCCUGUCUCGCUCCGGGAACUCGGGCGGCGGCCGCGACUCCGGCGUGGUGGUGGUCGCCUCCGACACGCCGUCCUUCGCCUCCGACGCGCGCUCGUCGCUGCUGGGCGACCUGCCGUCGGGCGUGGCCUGCUCGGAGCUGCCGUCCGAGGAGGCGGAGAACGAGAAGCAGGGCACCGAGGACCCCGACAAGAAGGCCACCAUCGGCCGCCACUACUACCCCGAGGGCGGCUGGGGCUGGGUGGUGCUGGUGAUGGCGCUGCUCGUGCACGUGAUCUCGCACGGCGUCCACCAGGCCACGGGCGUGCUCAUCCUGCACCUCGUCAAGGAGUUCCCCGAAGCCACGCUCAUGUCCGCAAGUUGGUUGGGGAGUCUGUCUACCUCGCUCGCCCUGCUCCUCUCGCCCGUGACCAUCGCCGUCUGCAAGAGGAACUCCACCCGCCUCACAGCCGUGUUGGGCGGCCUCAUCACCGCCCUCGGCUGCCUCUUCACCUCCUUUGCCAGCCAGUUCCAUCAGCUCUUCUUCAGCUAUGGGACCGUCAUAGGCAUCGGCGUGGGGAUGACGCGGGACUCCUCGACGCUGAUGGUCGGCCAGUACUUCAAGAGGAGAAGGGAGUUCGUCGAGAUCAUCGUCGUGAGCGGAAGCGGCCUCGGCAUCACGGUUAUGUCGGUCUUCAUACGAGGAGCUAUCGGGUCCAUAGGAUGGCGCCUCGGCCUGCAGGCGGUGACGGGCGUGGUCGUCCUCACCUUCCUGAUGGGGACCUUCUACCGCUCGGCGUCGCUCUACCACCCGCAGCGCCGGGCCAUCCUGCACCUCAAGAACCAGAAGCGGAAGAUCAAGGAGAAGAACCGCACGGACGACACGCCGCCCUUCUUUGACCUGGCCACCCUCAGGAGCCGCACCGUGCAGAUCCUGCUCGUGUCGAUAGGCCUCUCGUCCUUCGGGAUCACCACGCCUAUCAUCUACCUCGCGCACCAGGCGGAGGAGGAGGGCCUGGGAGACACGUCCGUGGUGCUCCUGCAGACGUACCUGGGGCUCGGCUGGGUAAUAGGCUGCUGUGCCUUUGGUUUCGUGGUGCUGCAGAAGAACACCGAGUGCCGCGUCGGCCGGCAGUACCUGUGCCAAGCCUCCAUGUUCCUGUGCGGGGUGUCCACGCUGGCGUUCACGGCCGUUGAGGGUUACCACGGCUACGUCCUCUUCGCCUGGCUCUACGGCAUCUUCUGCGGCGGUUUCCAUUACUCCCUGAAGAUGUACACCUACGAGAAGGUGCGGGCGCGGAACUUUGCCCGAACGUGGGGCUUCGUCCAGUGCUCACAGGCCAUCCCCACAGCUAUAGGGGUCCCCAUCACAGGCUACAUCAACAUCGGCUACGGAGACAAGGCCGGCUACUACUUCUCCUCGACCUUCGUCAUCUUCGGCUCCAUGACGAUCUUCCUCAUCGACAUCCAUAGGAGAAACGCCGCCAAGCACAAGCACACGCGCAAGUGUCGGCAGCAGAAGAAUGGCGCCAACCACACGUGCGUGCGGGAGGCGUGCCCCGAGUCGCGGCGGCGGGACUCCCUCGCCCAGCUGGACCUGGAGCCGCCCCACCAGUCCGCCCUCGCCCUCCUGCAGCAGCAGAAGGCCCUUGUGAUCGACGCGAACGAGCCCAGGAACAAGCCGGAGCUCACCUGCAUAUCCGAGGAGGGCAUCGCGGACAUGGACCUGCCCGACGACCUGCUGGAGGAGCUCGAGUACCUGGGCGAUUGCAUCACCUCGUGCGACAAGGUGGAGAACUACCUGAUGAUGAGCGAGUACGAGAACAACCUGGUCAAGCAGAGUGAGGUGCCGGGCAUCUUGGACAAGAGGCGGAAGCGCAUGCUGUCGCUGACCAAGCAGCAGUCGCUCACGAAUAAGGACUCGCCCCGGAAGCCACUGCGGGCGCUGGAGAAGGCGGGCAGCGCAUCGGGCCACGAGCCGCCCGUGGUGGCCAACCACAGAGCGUACCUGCGGUCCGGCAACAACCGAAGCAUCACCGUGAUCGAGGAGGCGUCGGUCUGAGGUCCGGCCCGCGGGGCAGCCGCUCCUCCCGCCGACCUCGCCCUCCACCUCGUAACCCACCUUGUUGACGUACACAAGCACACGUACACGCACACUUACACUCUCUAGAGGCUCUAGUUUCCGUCUCGCCCGUCAGUUAUCCGGCUUUGCAGAUGUUAGCGCGUUUCAAGUUGUGUCAUAGCGUAUACGUAUUUAUGAAGAGAUGUGUAAGUGUCACUUCUCGAAAGCUAGUCUUCCUCAGAUCCUUAACACGGGGCUAUAUCUUCUUUGUUAUCGACUUUGUUGUGGUACUGUCUGUAACGAUCGCGAAAUCCAGUAAAUCCAAACAAGGAUCAACGAGUCAAAUUAACUUUUCUAGUCCGAAUCUGUAGGAGCACCACUAGAGUUCCGGUUUUCUAGUAAUUUCUUCCACUAACUGAAGCAGUCGAGGAUCGGUUCAGAUUUGUUAUAUUCCAAUUCAAGUGGCGUCUGUUUUUGCACCAUAAUGUUUGAGCGACUAAAGCAUUUCCUCUAUUUUAACACGAAGAAUGACAAUCCCUUGCUCGAGUGUUAAAGCACACUCAAGUUCUUAAUAGUUACAAAAAAGUUUAUAAGAAUGUUAUCCAAAAGAUGUCUAUCGCGCCCGAGAAAUCGUAACCCCAACCCAAAGUUGUCUGUUGCUCCCAUGUUGUUUGUUGUUCAAAUAUUGCAUCUGCCGUUUGAGGCUGAGCUCGUUCUUACGUGGUGUCAAGGCGGCAUCGUAUACUGUACGUGCUGGUACCAAAUACAGUUGUAGCGUCCCUUUAGAAAGUAAAACAGACAUGUAACAAAAGCAAAAUCAGCGACCAAGGUUUGGUAAAAAAAUCAUUACAUAUAUUUCUGACUCCCCCGCUACUUCGUCCCAGUGAGAACGUUGCCAGACAAUAUCACUGUCCUCAUACACGCGGGUGGAAAAUUUCGACUGUGAUGGUAGCUCUGUAAACGCCCCGCGUGAUUAUCUGAAAUACCUCUAUGAGUGAUCUGAAACCAGUAUGUAAGUUAACAGUACUUUACUGUGAAGUGCCACUCGCAGAGAGUACACAGUGCCAACGAUGAAGAUUUGCAUUUCGUGUUACCUACGUAUCUUCGGUGUUCCUAGGCAUUAAUGCAGAUAGUUUUGCUACUUCUAAACAGUGACAUAACGAAGAAAUAGUAGCGAUAACACAGCCCGUUAAAAGUAUUACUGGACACGGUCGCAAAUGUGAUAUCAGGUAAAUGAAAAACUAGGUCGAAGGUCGUACAAGUGUGUCGCUUCGAGCUAAUGAAGGUCACGUCAUCAUCGUUGCAUAUGAUAACAAAUAUCAGUGCCAAAUUGGAUUCCAGCAUGACGGCAGGAUGUCAUGCAUAAACAGUGCUAUUGUGCUUGGCAUCAUGCAGUAUGAAGUUUCAGAGACGUACUUGUCCAAUAGAAAAUGCUGACUUCAUGUGCAAUGAAAGCCAUUUCAGCAAAAUAGAUCCAAUCGCAUAUUAUGAUGAUUAAUAUGGUCAGUAUCUUAGUGGGUAUGUGAAAUAUUAUUGUCCUUUGUACAGCAUAAAGAAAGAAAUACAUCGCAGAACACUUUUAAAGACUAUUAUACAUAGAUUAGAAAACUACUUGUGCAAUUAUGAGUGUUAUGCGUCCUGAUUGUCCUCUGGUUACCAUGGCAACCGAAAUCAACAAGACUGGCAUCCAUGGUUCCUUUACUCAGGUCGAGGUGUUGUGUGUUUCCCAGUGAAGUAGUGAGUGACUCCGCGUGUGGGAUGGCUGCUAAGAUUUGUGAACUGGUCCUUUGGGCUGUACCUAAUGCUAGAGAAAUAUAUGUUAAAAAAUGUUAUAUCUUAAUGUAUAAUAAACCUUAUUCGGCAUAUUCUCCCGAGAAAAAAACUGAAUAUGAAAAUUUGUUAUGAGUGUAGGCUGAUGAUAAUUUUUUUUUCUUCUUCUUUACUGUGAAUUAUCAUAGGUUAAGACUUUUUUUUAUUUUCUUAACUAACAGGUCUAGUCAUUCUAUUCCAAAACAUAUGUCUGUGCUAAGAAAUGCAUCUCAAUGAAGAUCA